GCCGGGGCCGCGUGUCCCAGGAGGUGACGGGCUCUCGUCCUCUUCUGUUGCAGCCACCACCCGCACAGGUGCCUCCUCCUGAGUGAAAGGCCGCCGCUGUCGCUGGCUCCCCGCGGUCACGACCGGCCACCCACCCCCCGCCCUCCCAGAGCAGCCUGACCCAGAGCGCGGGCCACCCGGCAGCCCUUCUGACGUGGUGACCGCUCCGACCGGCAGGCGUGGAAAAUGGUACCUGUCGACCCCGGGCUGGAGGAGGAGCCCGCAGCUGCAGCCCCAACAUGGAGGAGCCCACGCCCGAGCCCGUCUUCGUGGACGUGGACAAAGGGCUGACCCUGGCCUGCUUCGUCUUCCUCUGCCUCUUCCUCGUGGUCAUGAUCAUUCGCUGCGCCAAGGUCAUCAUGGACCCGUACAGCGCUAUCCCCACGUCCACCUGGGAGGAGCAGCACCUGGAUGACUGAGGCGCGGCUGGGGGACCCUGAGUCCCCCGGCUGCCCCGUGUCCCCCGGCCGCCCCGUGUCCCCUGGCCGUCCGAGUCCCCCGGCCACUCCCAAGUCCCCCAGCCACUCCCGAGUCCCCCGGCCGCCCCGUGUCCCCCGGCCGCCCGAGUCCCCCAGCCACUCCUGAGUCCCCCGGCUGCCCUGUGUCCCCUGGCCACCCCAUGUCCCCCCGCUGUCCGCCUGCAAGCCCAUGGAGCCGGGAUGUAGGCGGUUCGCUGCUCCCUCUGGAGCCCCAGAGGGAAGUGAGUGGGGUGCCAAGGGGGGCUCGAGGGCGGCCCAGCCUGGACAUGCCAACGGCACGGGCCCCGGAGGCCCGCAGAGGCCGUCCCUCGCGGGGACUCACUGUGGGAUGACAGGGUGGCCCCCGUCCCUGGCUCUUGCGCACCUUCUGGGAGGGGAUCCAGGGCAGACACGCACCAUCACGCAACAGAGCCCUCGCUGUGGGGACACCGUCUGCCCUUAACAUGCAAAGCAGCACUCGCGCCAGCCCCCUGACCCCGAGUCUGGCCCGGAGGCCGGUGGGUGUGCAGGUGGAGGCCGGUGUUCUCACGAGGCACAGGGCUGCUUCCGGGCAGUAUUUUUUUUUUUUUUUUUUUUUUAACUAAAACGCAGAGGGGUCUAUUUUUCCUGUCAUAAAUUAAAUGGGCAUCUUGGGAGCUUGGGAAAAUACAGAAAAAUAGAAGGAAAGGGGAA